UCCUCCAUGCCCAUCUCCCAUUACAGGUACAUGAUCCUCCAUGCCCAUCUCCCAUUACAGGUACAUGAUCCUCCAUGCCCAUCCCCACUACAGGUACACAGUCCUCCAUGCCCAUCCCCACUACAUGUACACAAUCCUCCAUGCCCAUCCCCACUACAUGUACACGAUCCUCCAUGCCCAUCCCCACUACUGGUACACAAUCCUCCAUGCCCAUCCCCAAUACAGGUACAUGAUCCUCCAUGCCCAUCCCCACUACAGGUACACAGUCCUCCAUGCCCAUCCCCACUACUGGUACACAAUCCUCCAUGCCCAUCCCCACUACAUGUACACGAUCCUCCAUGCCCAUCCCCACUACUGGUACACAAUCCUCCAUGCCCAUCCCCAAUACAGGUACAUGAUCCUCCAUGCCCAUCCCCACUACAGGUACACAGUCCUCCAUGCCCAUCCCCACUACUGGUACACAAUCCUCCAUGCCCAUCCCCACUACAUGUACACGAUCCUCCAUGCCCAUCCCCACUACACGUACACGAUCCUCCCUGCCCAUCUCCCAUUACAGGUACACGAUCCUCCAUGCCCAUCCCCACUACAGGUACAUGAUCCUCCAUGCCCAUUCCCACUACAGGUGCACGAUCCUCCAUGCCCAUCCCCCAUUACAGGUACAUGAUCCUCCAUGCCCAUCCGCACUACAGGUACAUGUCUUACAUCUACAGGUACACUGUAACUGCUACCUUUACUUCCUCAGCGGACAGUGUUAGCAGUUGAGGGAAGCAUUUCUUCAGAAGUCCUUUUCUGCAACAGGUUUGUUUUAGUCUCUGGCUAAAGUCCUUCCGUCU